AUGCAACUACGUCGAGGGCGAAGACCAAGCAGGAGACGAAAACGCGGCAUUGUCGGUGCCGACGUUCACCUGAACGCCUUCUGUCUCCUCCUGAGGGUCCUUUUUGAAUCCUCGCCCUCGUUCGCUGCCCCCGAUUCACCAUCUAAACGUCCCAAGUCCCGCAUCUGCAACAUCUUCGUUUCGUCUCACUGUCGUGCGGCUCGACCCCAGCUCAGUAUCGAGUUGGCCGUCGAGAUGCCGAGAUUGUCGAGCAAGUGCAGCGUCGGUGCCGCAGUGCUCCUAUUGACCCUGGUCCGUCUGGGGGGUCUGACCGCUGCCACGCCCACCGUAACUGAAACGCCCAUGGGCGGCUACUGCAAGGUGUCCCUUUGUGAGCUGUAUAAUGGGACGCAUGUGGUUCAUGUGCCGCAUACAGCUUGUGGCAACAAUGGCAGCUUUUCCGACGCCUGUGGCCCGGAACCCAAGCUUCUGGAAAUGAGCGAUCGCAGGCGCCAACUUCUCCUGGACAUGCACAAUUUGGCCAGAUCGAAGAUCGCCAGCGGAGAUUUGGAUGGCUACCACAGUGCCGCCAAAAUGCCGCUGCUGCGGUGGGACACCGAGCUAGAGCAAAUGGCCGCCCUGCACGUCAAACGCUGCCAAUUUGCCCACGACAAGUGCCGCAAUACGCCGCGCUUCAAGUUCAGCGGCCAAAAUAUCGGAUACUUCUGGAUCGGACGCGAAUUCAAGUCGCACUCGCGUCGCAUGAAGUCCUUUGUGAUCAACUGGUUCCGCGAGUACCAGGACGCCAACCAGAGCUUCAUCGAUAGCUAUCACCCGCAUCCCCGAGGCAAGAAGAUCGGUCACUUCACCCUUUUGGUCUCGGAUCGAGUGCAGCGAGUGGGUUGUGCUGCUGUCCGCUUCCUAGAGCCCAAGGCCAAUCGAUUCCAGUUCAUGAUGACGUGCAACUAUGACUACAACAACAUAUUCAACGAGCCCGUCUACCAUUCGGGUCCGGCGGGUUCCAAGUGCCCCCAACACCAUGUCAGCGAAAAGUUUCCGGGACUGUGCGAUUGGCGUGACGCCACCAAUGACAUUGAAAGCGAAGAGAGUGCCGAGGAUGAAAACACCCUUGACAACAAUAUACCCCUUUAAAAGGUCCUGAGUCCCUACGAUAUAGAAAAAAUACUCGAAGUUCAGGGCAGCACAAGAUUGCUUGCAGCAACCCACCUGGAAAGUUACACACCAUACUUUUUUUUUUAUUAUUUAAGCAAUAAUUUGUAAUUUUAUUUAAUUUUAAAAAUCAUUUGAAAAGAUUGCAAUGUCAUUCAAUGCUUAUUAGAAUAGAAAUGUACAUUAAUUAGGGUACCAAAAAGCUUAUCACUAACAGGUUCGACUUUAAGUAUUUAACCU